UGCAAGCAAGCAACGGCGACUUGGCCGCAACUCAGCCCUCGCAGCCCUCGUUUUAUUGUGCUUCGAUUUCAAGCGAAUCCGUAGCUCUCGAUUCAUCUCUCUCUYUAACCUUGAUUUUCUUGUUGUUGUUGUUCUUCUUCUUCCCAAGUGUUUGGCAGCGGAGAGGGAGGUUCUGCACAAACACAGGGUAACGCAGACCUGCAAAUCAAAGACUAUGGCGAACAUGGUAUCUCGAGCCCUUCUUGUUGCCUCCAACACCAUCACUUCAUCUUCAAUAUCCUUCUUCCCCAACCCAUUAUCCUUGCGCGCAUCAUCCUUUCUAAAUCGUUAUUUUGGUAGUGGUAGACUCGUCCCAACUAGGAAACCGAACCCACCUGCUAUUUUCCAUAUCAAUGCCGCUAACACCAGAUUAUACGCCUCCUCCUCAUCAGAAGCCAACAAGAUAAACACCAAAGUCAAUUUCUCAAUCUCACACUCGGACGAAGACGACGACGACGACGACGACCACCACCAUCAGGUGGGCGCCGUGGAACUCGAUAAAAGCAAACUUCCACCGCCUUAUGACCCCUUCAGCAAGAAGCCCGUCGUGGAAGAGCCCGAAGACCCAAAGAACUUGCAGGAGAUCUUCCACAAGAUGAGGACAGAUGGUCUCCAAAAUAGUGCCGUCAAGAUGUUCGACGCAUUGUCUAAGGAUGGCCGCACCCACGAGGCUCUGCAGCUGUUCUCUAUAAUUAAGGAGAAGGGGCACAUGCCUGAUGUUGUGGCACACACAGCCGUGAUAGAAGCCUACGUGAAUGCGGGCCAGCGCAAGGAAGCUCACAAGGUGUACCUGCGAAUGCUUGCCUCUGGAGUGACCCCAAAUGCCUACACUUACACUGUUCUCAUCAAAGGACUUGCUGCGGAUCCGAAGUUUGUAGGCGACGCCAAGACCCACUUGCUGGAAAUGAUGGGCAGGGGAUUGCGACCCAAUGCUGGAACCUACACCGCCGUCUUUGAGGCUCUUGCAAGGGAAAGCAGAGUGGAGGAAGCAAGAGAAUUUAUGAGGCAGAUGGAGGCUAAGGGGUUUGUGGCUAAUGAGAAGGAUGUUAAGGAGGUUCUCAACGCCAAAAGGGUAAGGGGACCCUUGUUUAGGACCCUCAUCAACAUUCUUUUUAACAAGUAGCAAUGGCUUGGAUGUGUGCUGCGAGGGAGAAUUCUGUGUGUUUUCUUCAAUUCCAAGUCUAUCAAUGUCCACUAGAGAUAUAUGAGCUGUGCAUCUAAGAUUUUACAUGGUACUAGAGUCACUCUUUGAUUUUUGUGAUUGCAUUUCCACAGUGUUAUGCUUUC